GUAGAUUAGGAUACAGCCAGUCGAGAUAAAUCCAGUCAGCCAUAGUUUAAAAGAAGGGGCAAACUUCGAUAAGCCUCAUUCGGUCGAGUCAAGGCAACAAUGAGGUUCGAGAUGCUCCUGGCUGGUGUCGUUGCUCUAUUCGCGCUCAGUGAUGCCCAAUCUUGCGGUAGACACGUGGACGAUUACUUCGGGAACGACGCCUACAUUAUUGGUGGUGCGGACGUGAAAUUCGCCGACUCGAUCGUAUCGUUCCAGGUUUUCAAAAGCGACGAAUGGUGGAACGAUCACGAAUGGAAACACGUCUGCGGUGGCACUCUCUUGAACAGCCGAUGGGUCCUCACGGCAGCGCAUUGUGUCAAGGAGUUCCGCGAUUGGGGAACUGCGCGAGUUUCAUUCGGGAGCUCGAGCCUGAGUGAUUCCAAGUGGAUCAAAGUCCGUCGCGCGAUCGAGUAUCCCGUUGCUGACAAAACACAGAAAUAUCAGAACGACGUAGCCCUAAUCGAACUACAGAAGGAUAUUCCAUUCUCCGAUGAUCUUUCCCCGGCCUGCUUGAAGGGCCCGAGCACGAACAUAAUAGAGUAUGAAACAUGCGUUACCUUGGGAUGGGGCAGAAUCGAGGAAUUCUCCGAUCUAUCGGAUGAUCUGAAAGUCGUCCACGUCAAUAUGAUAAACCGCCAGCAAUGCAUGAGAGCUUUCAGAAACCUGAACGGUGUUCGAAUAACCUCCAACCACAUCUGUGCUGGACGCUUAGGCGAACGAGGAAGAGGCAUUUGCCAGGGUGACUUGGGUGGACCUCUGUUCUGCAGGACUGAUGACGGCAUCAGAUUGGUGGGAGUCGCAACCAACGGAGCCACGUGCGGCAGCCCUCAGCAUCCAGGUAUCUACGUCAGUGUCGACUCCGCCUUCGACUGGAUUCGACAAACGACUGGCGACUCUACAAUCGGAAAUCUCACGGAAUCCUCGUCAUACUCCACGAGUGGAAGCCAUCAAAAUACUGGAGUGCCUCAGUGAAGCAGUCGAGUCUGUUCGAUUCUCUGUCAGAGAGUCUGUCAGCCGGAAACUUUUCUUUUCUGAUCACCUUACAGAACAAUAUAAUCGACAGGAUGACCCUA